AUGGAGAUGAAUCAAGAAGGAGCCCUGGCGAUUACCCUGCUGGGUUUACUACAAUGUUGUCUGGCCUCUGCUGCUGUGGAGAUCCAGGCCUCCCCCCACCCCGCUGUGGUCGGUGCCACGCUGACACUGUCUCUGUCUCCUCCACCCUCCAUGAAGAGAGGGACCUGGACAGUGGGAGGCUCCCUCAUCCUCAACUGGGAAGGGGCCGAGGAGGCGGUGGUCCCCAGUUACAGCGGCAGGGUCACAGUCAACGUCCUCACUGGAGCUCUGACUCUGAGCUCCGCCAGGGUGGCUGACUCAGGGGUCUACGUGAUGCAGAGCACUGACCCCCAGCUUCAGGCCAGCGCUACCAUCUCUGUUUAUGAACCCAUUUCCAAUGUAGCGCUGAAGGCAAAUCAAACCGACUUCAUUGAGUUCAACACUUCAGCAGUCGCUUCGUGCUCUGUCUCCUCUGGAUCCUCGCUCUCCUUCCUCUGGAUGAACGGCAGCUCUGAGGUCACGGCCAGCGACAGAGUUCAGCUCACCGACGGAAACUCCUCUCUCACUGUCGUCAACGUGAGCCGCUAUGACCCGGGACCAUUCAGGUGUCGUGUGUCCAAUCCCGUCAGUAACGGCACCAGUGAUCCAGUCAGUUUUACCAUCAUCUACGGCCCAGACCACAUGGCUCUCACAGUGAAUGGAUCCCUUUCAGUUGGAUCCAAUCUGACCAUGCGCUGCUCCGCUCAGUCCAACCCUCCGGCUCAGCUCAGCUGGGCUUUCAAAGGAGAUUCUUUGAACACGACUGGUCCCCUGCUGGAGCUGUACGCCGUCACCGAGGAUCAAAGUGGUCCCUACUCCUGUGUGGCCUUUAACAAUCACACAAACAUGAACAGCAGCAUCGACUCACUCGUCACAAUAACAAAGUCAGGAUCUAAACCACAGGCCGUCGAUGUGUGGCUCCUCUCUCUGCUGUUAUCGGUGGGAUUCCUCUUCUCGUGGCAAGGCAAGUUGUAGAAUAACUUCAUGUCAUAAAUACAUGACCUUUUUUACUAUUCAUACUCCCCAUAAAUAUCUA